AGAAACAACUUUUCCCCUUCGCCGCUCUUCUCCUUCGGAAACUGCCCCUACAUAUUCAUCCUCAUUUUUCAUGCUUCCUCAGUAAGAGAGCACCACAUCAUGAAUAGCUCUCAACGUCGCAGCAUAAUGUUUGGCGAAAAGGCAGUUAUCGAAAUGGACAUCGAUCCGUUUGUAUCGAAUCUAGACACACCUGCAGACUUGAAAGUCCCUCCGACGUAUACUGGACCAAUGCUCUCCACACAAUUGGCGACGCCAACAAUGAAAAAACGGGACCAAAAUCAAAAUACACACAGAGAUGACGAGAAGAAAGAAAAUAAUGCUACCGAGGCAGGAGAACCAUCUGCCAAAAAAAGAUGUUAGUUAUCUGAAUCUUCUCCAAUAUGCACAAACGUCCAACUUCCAAAGUUCUCAGCUAAAUAAACUGCAUUUUCAUAUUUCACCUUUGACUUUAUAGCUCCGUUUUUUUUUCAAUUCCCACACCUCCUGGUAGUAUUUUCAAAAUCUGGUAGAUUUUCUGGUUCAGAUGCUUUUGUCCUUCAUUUCCAAAGAUAUUAGUUAGAUGCUCUUUAACAAUGUUUUAAAAACUGUAAAUGUUACUACAUCACUUCACGAGUUCUACAUACUUUUCCUGUUCCCGAUUUCUCAAAGAAUUGUUUUUCUCAUCGACAUAUUAAUGCGAAUACCGGUCUAAUUAUAUUUGGUAGAUUUUUCGUUGUCCCAGUACAUUGUUUCUCACGUCGUGUCAAAAAAAAAAUGAACAGUUUUUUUUAAA